AUGAUUCUCAACAAAUACACAACUUUAGGAGCCUUAAUCUUUCUUUCUCUGGUCCAUUUCUCAAGUGAAAAUUUAGGAAAAGACAUCAAUUUAGUUGAUCAUAAUCUCCCAACUUGCCCUGGUUGUACAAACCAAAUCACAAUCCUUGGCAAAUACAAUCAGGACUGUGGACACCCAAUCACUUGUGAUUGUGAUCAUACAUGGGGUUUAGACUGUCAAGCCAUCGUGGCAAAGUAUGAUUACUAUUGCUCAAACUGUGGCAUACAAACUGGCUAUAACUGUCGUGCAGUACAUAAUCUGAAAUGUGAGAUUUCACAUAAAGGAAUUCCCAAAAAGUUUCUUGGCUUCAAAAAUGAGUCUGCAGAAUGA